AUGACUUGGGGUGGUGGUCAAAAGGCAGCUAAAGCCGAGCCAACGUGCGGGUUCUGCCAGCGGGCAGAUUGCAGCCCCAAGGUGCUGGGGCAGCUUUGCCGUCAGGGUGGGCUCUGCGCCCAUGAGAACUGCCUGUACCACGCCAGCAGGCUGAGCCAGAGAGGGGCCGAUGAAGAGGGCUUCUAUGGCUUCCUCUGCCCUGACAGCCAGAACGAGCUGAAGCGGGUGGCACAGAAGAGGUGCUGCAUCUGCCGUGGGGUCACCGGCAGAGCCCGGCGCUGUCCCAGCACCUUCCACUCCCCCUGCGGCAGCGAGCGGGGCUGCGUCUCCCAGUUCUGGGGCUGAAGCAUCACCUCCGUCCGCAGGUCCUUCUGCGGGCAGCACCGGCCGGUGCAGCAGGACCAGACCCUGUGCCUCACCUACCAGGAGGCGGUGGCGGACACCCUGCUCUGUCCCACCUGCCCCAGCUCCUGCUUCCACCGCCGCUGUAUCCAGGGCCAGGCGCUGCGCUCUGCCCUGCACCGCUUCCGCUGCCCGCUCUGCUGCCGGGACACGGUCACCUAAGAAGAGAUGUUCCGCCUGGGCAUCAGCAUCCCGGAGAGGGAUGCUGCCUGGGAGGAGGGUGGAGCCUUUGCCGACCCUUAUCGGCGGCACAGCUCCUGUGACACCAGCCAGUGCCUGUGCCCCGUGGGAUGGGAGGGGGCAGAGGAGAACGGGCCCUGGCGACUGCUGCUUUGCCACUCCUGUGGCUCCCACAGGACCCACCAGCGCUGCUCCAACCUGGGAGAAGAGGUGCAUUCCUGGGAAUGCUGUGGCUGCAGCGACACGGGCACUGGUGAGGGCUGCAGUUGUCCCGGUGGCGGGGGACACACACACAAGCCAGCCCAGGAGCUGGACCCACUGGCACAGGGACCCUCGUGCAGUGUCCCAGCUCCUGAUGCCUGCCCUGGGGACGAAGAGGCCAGGAUCCCUGCAGGACACCCCAAUACCAACCUGCCCUCCCAGGCCCUGCCCUAG